AAACAGCGCUGCUCGGGUGUCGGACUCGGGUUACCCCCGAAUAAGUGCUGUUUUGGCUGCGAUCGGCUGGCUGGCUCUCCCCGGGCUUCUAUUUAUUUAUUUAUUUAUUUUUUGUUUAACCCUUUGAGCCCCCCCUCCCCACUUUUCCUGAUGCACAGGCCUAGUGACUGCUCCCCAUGUUCCUAGGUUUCUGUAUCCUUUUCCUAAAAUGAAUCACCAACAGCGAAUGGCUGCCUUAGGGACGGACAAAGAGCUGAGUGAUUUACUGGAUUUCAGUGCGAUGUUCUCCCCUCCUGUUAGCAGCGGGAAGAAUGGACCGACUUCGCUUGCAAGUGGACAUUUUACCGCCCAAAAUGUAGAAGACAGAAGUAACUCAGGGUCUUGGGGGAGCAGUGCACAUCCGAGCCCAUCAAGGAAGCUGUCAUGCAGCAUGCAGGCCAGCGUUCAUAGCCAUCCACCCCGGAGGUGGCUGCAUAACUAUGGAGAAGGAGCCCACUACGAUCACAUGACAAGCAGGGAUCUGAGCUCGCAUGACAAUCUAUCACCACCUUUUCUCAACUCCAGAAUACAAAGUAAAGCAGAAAGAGGCUCCUAUGCCUGCUAUGGGAGAGAUUCAGACUUACAGGGCUGCCAUCAGCAAAGCCUUCUGGGAGGUGACAUGGACAUUGGGAAUUCUGGGGCGUUAUCGCCCACCAAACCUGGCUCUCAGUACUACCCGUAUUCUAGCAAUAACCCUCGAAGGAGACCCUUCCACGGCAGCCCCAUGGAGGUGCAAGCAAAGAAAGUUCGAAAAGUCCCCCCCGGAUUGCCUUCCUCAGUUUAUGCUCCUUCAGCAAGCACUGCUGAUUACAAUAGAGACUCGCCAGGUUAUCCAUCCUCGAAGCCGGCCGCCAGCACUUUCCCCAGCUCCUUCUUCAUGCAAGAUGGUCACCACAGCAGUGAUCCAUGGAGCUCAUCCAGUGGAAUGAACCAGGCCGGCUACGGGGGAAUGUUGGGCAAUGCCUCUCAUAUUCCACAGUCCAGCAGCUACUGCAACCUGCACCCACAUGAACGUUUGAACUAUCCAUCACACUCCUCAACAGACAUCAACUCCAGUUUACCACCAAUGUCCACGUUUCAUCGUAGCGCUACAAAUCACUACAGCACCUCGUCGUGUACGCCGCCCGCCAAUGGAACGGAUAGCAUUAUGACGAACAGAGGAAGCGGGGCGGCCGGGAGCUCGCAGACCGGAGACGCGCUGGGGAAGGCACUUGCAUCUAUUUAUUCUCCAGACCACACCAACAACAGUUUCUCAUCAAACCCUUCAACUCCGGUCGGGUCUCCACCUUCUUUGUCAGCAGGCACAGCUGUUUGGUCAAGAAACGGAGCGCAGAGCUCGUCAUCGCCCAACUAUGAAGGACCUUUGCACUCUCUACAAAGCCGAAUUGAGGACAGAUUAGAAAGACUGGACGAUGCAAUCCACGUCCUACGGAACCACGCGGUGGGGCCUUCGACGGCCAUGCCGGGAAGCCACGGCGACAUGCACGGAAUUAUCGGCCCAUCUCACAACGGAGCGAUGGGCGGCCUCGGCUCGGGAUAUGGAACCGGCCUUUUGUCAGCCAACAGACAUUCUUUAAUGGUGGGAGCACAUCGUGAGGAUGGCGUUGGCCUGAGAGGGGGUCACUCACUUGUGCCGAACCAGGUCUCUGUGCCACAAUUACCCGUCCAGUCUGCCACAUCUCCGGAUUUGAAUCCACCGCAAGAUCCAUACAGGGGUAUCCCGACCGGCCUGCAAGGGCAGAAUUUGUCUCCAGGAAGCACCGACAUCAAAUCAGACGACGAAGGAGACGAAAAUCUCCAGGACUCCAAAUCAUCGGACGACAAGAAGCUAGAAGAUGACAAGAAGGAUAUCAAAUCAAUAACGAGGUCAAGAUCUAGCAAUAACGAUGAUGAAGAUCUUACACCUGAACAGAAGGCAGAGAGGGAGAAAGAACGAAGGAUGGCAAACAAUGCUCGGGAACGUCUACGUGUGCGCGAUAUCAACGAGGCUUUCAAGGAGCUGGGGCGCAUGGUCCAACUUCACCUGAAGAGCGAUAAGCCUCAGACUAAGCUGCUAAUACUCCAUCAAGCCGUCGCCGUCAUCCUGAGCCUAGAACAACAAGUCAGAGAAAGGAAUUUGAAUCCUAAAGCCGCCUGUCUGAAAAGGCGGGAAGAAGAGAAAGUUUCCUCUGACCCUUCCCCGCUGUCGCUGGCUGGACCCCAUGGUGGAAUGGGAGAUGCAUCAAGUCAUUUGGGGCAGAUGUAAAAGGUCCACGUUUUUUGCGUUUCUCCAUUUAGACGAGAAGUCCCUUCCCCAGCAACCGGGUUAAUCUUCAAAAUUCACACAGACGUCUCUCCUGUGCUCCUUUUUUUCCCCCCUUUUCUUUUUGUAAAAUAAGACAAAGUCUGCGUAGUUUCCGCAUCACAGACGCAAGAGGUUUCAGCAUUCCGGACGCAAGCAAAGUGCAAGCAGCGGGAGAAGUCACGGCGGGUCGUUCAGAGACAGAAUGGUAAUCGCCUCCGCACUGUGGAUCGAUGCAUUUGUGCCUAAACUUCUUUUGGAAAACAAAAAAUAAAAGUAUAAUUAGUCGGAAAAAAAAAAAUAUUUAAAAUUGUAAACUUGCAAUAAUGAAAAAGUGUACUUCUGGGGGGACAAAAAAACCCGGCUUUUGUUGGCGUCAUAUUCCUCUAGCGCUUAUACCUACUGGAUCGCGGGGAAGCUUUGCUACCCAGAUACUUACAAAACCAGCAAGUUACGAAGUCGAUGACAUUAGCCAUUCCUUAGAGUAGGAGGAACAGAUGGAUCUUACAGACCUAUGACAAAUAUAUAAAUAUAUAUAUAAAUAUAUAUAUGAGAAUUGUAGUGAAAUAUGGUAAACUUUGUUUCAUUUUGUUUGAAAAUUGUUUUUGCUCCUGUAUAAAUAAUGAAUAACUUUUUUUUAAAAAAAGAGACUUUACUGUAAAUAGUUUUUUGUUUUUUCUCCUUUUCUUUCUGAUGUAUUGUUCAUGUCUACUCUGUCCCCCAUCCCUGUUUCCGUGGCAACCUUUUUUUGUGUGUGUAAACUCUGCGGAGACGUAAUGCAGGAUUCUACAAUCGAGCCCUGAGUUGCUUUUCGCUCAUUAACAGAGUAUUUUUUGGGGGGGGGGUUGUUUUUUUUUUGGCUAGCUUCUUCCGAACGCAGGUCUAAAGUCACAACGUGUAUAUAUUACAGGCAGCGAAUACUUGGCAUGUUGAGUUUGCCACGGCGUAUUGUUGCUCACGUGAAACUAUUCUGGGAUUUUUCAUAGGUACAAGGUUAGAACGCUACAAAAUGUUACCACUGUGCCUUCCAAUGUUUCUAUCAUCAUUAAAAUAAAAAAAAAUAAUAAAAAAAAGACAAAAAAAAUACAAAACAUACUUAGUGGCUGUGAUAUAGCUAACUAAAUUCUAAGUGUUAACUACAUAUGUAGCUAAAGUGGUAUGCAGCAAGACUUUUUCUGAUAAAAGGGGUCAGAAUAUUUGAUAAAAGUAGAGAAAUUGCAUUUAGCAUGAGUGGCUCUGGGCUGCCGCCUCCUUGGUUCAUAAGAUGCUUAAUAUCCGAUUAUAAUGCAGCAUUCCGGUAAAAAUUCGAUAUCAGAACGCAUCAUGGUGCACUUUCCACAGGAGGCUGGUAGCGAUCGUGUUUUUUUGUUAUUUUUUUGUGGGGACCAGUAUGAAUGAAGCUUAUUUUUUUUGGGUGACAAAAGUUCCAUCCCAACCUGACAUUUUAAUGUGUUCCGUCGGGGGUUAAUAGUGCCCCAAACGCCAGCUGCAGACACUUGGCACAAGUUUAAAUCAUAUCGCUCAUCAGUAUAGAAUUUCCACCGCUUAGCCCUGGAAAAAAAAAACAAAACAGAAAAAAAAAAACGCCAUAAAAAAUGGUCUAAGUGUCCAUCUGUUCUCCAAUGAUAUACAUUAGAAAGGACGAUUUGCAUUUGUAAAACUUAUGCAUCAAAUGUUUCAUUAUUUUGAAAUUGUGUAUGUAAAAGUUUAUAUUUUUACAUGUAGACUUAACUUGUUAUUAAGUGUUUUAAAUACGUUGUUUUCUGUGUUACAAAAAAAAUUUGUUGUUGGGAAAGAAAAAAAAAAAAGAAAAAAAUUUGGAAAUGGAAAAAGUAAGAUACGGAAAAAUUGGUCUUGACGGCUUCCAAGACCUUAAAAGAACAAAACCUUUGUUGUGACCUAAUAAACAAAUACCUACCCAUAAA